CUGGGGAAAGUGGGUGUUUGCUGCUCACUAGUGUUCCGGCGGCGGCGCGAAGUGUCCUCGAUGGCUGGCUGGAAGGACGGCUCGGUUCAGGAGAAGUACCGGCUGGUCGUGGUCGGAGGCGGAGGCGUCGGAAAAUCAGCCCUGACCAUCCAGUUUAUUCAGUCCUACUUUGUCACUGACUAUGACCCCACAAUUGAAGACUCGUACACCAAGCAGUGUGUAAUCGAUGAGAGGGCGGCCAGGCUUGAUACCCUGUUUACUGUAGCACCCCCCCUAUCGUUCCCCCUCAGCCCCUGA